AUUUUGGCUGAGCUCUUUAAACCAACAUUUGGUGCUACCCACUCGAAACCAAAAUAUUCUCUUAGCCCCCUCGUUUUUAGUUUCGAUUUUUUUCCUUUUCUUUCUUUCUUUUCUUACACGCGCCAAACCUUUCACGCUUUAUACCACUUUUGCACUAUGGCAUCACCAUCUUCAAUACCCGUCAAACCCGACCCUGAUGCACAACAAGACCAAGACGACUUGUUAAUGUCGUACUUGAAUGCCGAUUGUCUUGCCGCUCCUACUGACAGCAACUGGAAUGUCGACGAUCCACCUUCACCACCUUACUCGACUUCGUCGUCAUCUGACAAUGCUUCCCAACACGCCCAUCAAUCAAUGGACAUGGCAUUUGAUACUACAGCACAGCAGCAACAACAAGUACAAGUACCUCCUCCUCCACCACCACAGUUGUUCAACGCGUUUGGUACAACCUGGUUACCACACCCAUCUUUCUUACCAGCUGCACCGCUCGAAUUCUUUCAAUCAUUUGUUCCUCCUGCGUAUUUACAACAACAACAACAGCAGCAGCAGCAGCAGCCAUUAGUGGAUUCUUCCACUCGUUCAUCGUACUCUUCGUCUUCUUCGUUGUCGUCGUCAUCAUCAGAUAAUGAGCAGCCAAAAAAGAAACGAGGUCGCAAGAAGCGUGUCGACUCACAGCCUCCUGCAUCCAUCGCUCCGGCGCCCCUGAGACCAUUAGCCGCACGGGUCAAUAAAAAUAUCAAGCCCAAUCCAGCCACCACUGAACCGGUAGCGACAGCACCACCAAGUGUUACUCCUUCUACACCCCAACAACAACAACAGCCAUCAUCGUCGCCCUCAUCACCACCACCUCCAUCACAGCCAACAACACAACAAAAACAACAGAGCCAACCUGUAGCAAUCAAAGUUGAGCCACAAGAAAACUCACAAGACUCACAAAAGGCAGCAGCCAUUGCUAAGCGACAGGAACGGCUGAUCAAAAACCGAGCAGCUGCAUUGUUGUCAAGGAAACGAAAACGGGAGCAUUUGAAUGCGUUGGAAGAGGAAAAGCAGGCCUUGUCAGUCGAGAACGAUCAAUUGAAAACCAAAGUCGCGGCGCUGGAAGCCCAAGUGGAUACGUUGGAAAAGGAGAACCAUGAUUUAUGGCGACGGUUGGGCAAUAACAUGCAUUCACCUGCAACAACUGCUUUACAGAGUCAUAAUAACAACAAGCUCAACAACCGAGCAACCGGUGUCGUGUUUAUGAUAAUCUUGUUCUCGUUCGCAUUGUUUUCAUUGCCAGCACGAACGGUAAAUCAACUGACAGUGGGUGGCCAUGCCGGACCAUUAUCAUUGGACGGCGCUUAUAUUCAGCAGCAGCAGCAACGACAAGAAGUGUUGGAACGAGCAACACUCGACGCAGCGCCGAAACAAGGACCACAGCAGGGAAAGGCGGCAGAAGCAAAGACCACGGACCUCGUUCUCAUGGAUCCUGUACGACCGCAGACAUUACAAACGUGGAUCAAGGACAGACUCAGUCGCACCAGCAACGAAGAAAAUGAAGAAAUGAUGGCGACGGGUGAUCUUGUGCGCUGGUCGCAAAAGACUUCUGCUGCUUCUGCUGGUUCAGCAUCUUCCCCUGCGACUGCUGCCGCUCCCCAGAUUUAUUUGUAUUCCUCUGAAUUCUCCCAGGUCGCACCAAUCCCUCAGAAUAAUGACACCAGUACGUCUGCUGCUGCUGCUGCUGCUGUUAACAUGGAUACAACCGACGACGACGAUGAUGACCUCAGCGACAGACUAAGCGGAAUCCAGUACCAGCAACAGCAGUACCAAUACAAUCCCGUGCUGUCGUUUAUAUCACCACUUUAUCAUGAUGCCGACCAAGAGACGGUGGCUAUGAUGACCAACGAGACGACACACCAACAACAACAGCAAAAGUACUUGCAGAUUGAUGUCCAAGUCCUUGGCUCCCGCGUGAUCGAUGGCCAAUUGCUGUCACUCGACCAAUGUCCUUUUGCCACAUCGCUUCUCCACACCAUCAAGGAUGAUCUGCUGAACCCGGUCACUCAUGGAGCAGCAGCAGCAGCAACAAACGAUGGCUCUACUGUUGCGUCAAAUGACGAUGGUGCUCUUGCUGGACGUUCAACCACAAACGAUCGUAGAGUUAAAAAGGAUAUGCGUCGGAAACUUGUCGGUGAGAAGCGCAGAAUUUCCCGGGUUGCAGUGUAACACUUGCUCAUUCCCCCAUCUCCCUCUUCUGUUCUCACAAAUAUAUAGUUUGUUCAUUUUUCUUUACCUUUUCCUUUAAUUCAUUCACGUUUGUUGUCGUGCAUUACAAAAAGUUAGUAUAUAAACUGUGUUGUAAAAUUUAAAAAAAUGGAGUAGCGUCUUUCACUGCAUCUGUUAUUUCAUACGGAUGGUAAUAAGAUGAUGACUACACAGGCGAGUGUGUGAGUUUAUAUCAGCGUUUUAUUUCCGGUGCCACCAAGGAUUUUGAAGGCUCUUGUACAGAAAAGGAGAGAGUUCCCAAAUAUGGCAUUUUAU